AUGUCUCUUCGUAUCGUUGUCCCAGUUAAGCGUGUUAUUGACGCUGCCGUUAAGCCCCGCAUCAAGAAUGGCGCCAUCGACAUGACCGGUGUCAAGACCAGCAUUAACCCCUUCUGCGACAUUGCUCUGGAAGAAGCCGUUAGACUCCGUGAAGGUUCCAAGGGUCUUGUUGCCAACAUCCACGCCGUCUCUGUUGGCCCCGAGAAAGCUCAAGAUGUUCUUCGUCAAGCCCUGGCUAAAGGUGCCGACAAUUCUACUCUCAUCAACACUGGCAAGGAAGAGCUCGAACCUCUGGCAAUUGCCAAGUUGCUUAAGUCUGUUGUUGACAAGGACGGCGCCAACCUCGUUUUGCUGGGCAAGCAGGCCAUUGACGACGACUCUAACCAGACUGGCCAGAUCCUUGCUGGUCUUCUCAAGUGGCCUCAGGCCACCAACGCCUCUAAGAUUGUUAUUGAAGGCGACAAGGUCACUGUCACUCGUGAGAUUGAUGGUGGUGAGGAGACCAUUGCUGCUAAGCUGCCACUUGUUAUCACUGCUGAUCUUCGUCUUAACGAGCCCCGCUACGCUACUCUCCCCAACAUUAUGAAGGCCAAGAAGAAGCCUCUCACCAAGAUUGCUCUUAAGGACGCCGGCGUCGAUACCAAGCCCCGUCUUCAGACCGUCUCUGUCGAGUACCCCCCGACCCGUGAGGCUGGUUCUAUUCUGGGAUCUACUCAGGAGCUUGUUGAGAAGCUUAAGGCUGCCAGUCUUGUUUAA